AACACCGAGCGCAGGCAGCUUUCUUGUAAACAAUAAUACAGCCGAGGAGAGAGUGGACGACUCGGAGAGGAGCUCAGGACCAAAACAAAUGCCCAAGAGUUUAUUGCACUGGCCAAAAUCGCAGAACAUUUUAAAGGAAUGGCAUGUCUGAUGGCAGCCUUUUCAGUCAACAAUACUACAGUGACCAACUCUAUCAUAAUGAAUACAAAUGGACCUCCCGAUCUUAUGCUGGACACUAGAAGUGUGUGCGUGUCAAUCGACGAGCUGAUGUCCAAUCAAGUCGGAAGUCAGCAGACGCCAUUUUUAAACGGACACCUGAAAAAAGUAGAGAACCAUCUGACUGAAGCCCAGCGAUUCUCAUACCUCCCCCGCAGACCAGCAGUCAACAUCGAAUUCAAAGAUCUCUCAUACUCAGUUCCUGAGGGUCCAUGGUGGAGAAAGAAAGGUUACAAGACCCUUCUGAAAGGAAUCUCUGGGAACUUCACUAGCGGAGCUUUGGUAGCCAUCAUGGGACCUUCGGGGGCGGGGAAGUCUACAUUAAUGAACAUUCUGGCAGGUUACAGGGAAACAGGCAUGAAGGGAGAGAUCCUGAUUAAUGGACGGCCCAGAGAUCUGCGAUCAUUCAGGAAAGUGUCCUGCUACAUCAUGCAGGAUGACAUGUUAUUGCCUCACCUCACCGUACAGGAAGCCAUGAUGGUAUCUGCUAAUCUCAAACUCCAGGAAAAGGAUGAAGGCAGAAGAGAAAUGGUAAGGGAAAUCCUGACUGCACUUGGUUUGCUUGAAUGUACCAAGACACGCACAUCUAACCUGUCAGGGGGCCAGAGGAAACGCUUGGCCAUCGCCCUGGAGCUCGUCAACAACCCACCUGUCAUGUUCUUUGAUGAGCCCACAAGUGGACUGGACAGUUCAUCUUGUUUUCAGGUGGUCUCGCUGAUGAAAGCUCUUGCUCAAGGGGGUCGAACAGUCAUAUGCACAAUUCACCAGCCUAGCGCAAAAGUGUUCGAGCUCUUCGAUAAGCUCUAUGUCCUCAGUCAAGGCCAAUGUAUCUACCGGGGAAGAGUACCAAGCCUAAUUCCUUAUCUGAGAGAACUGGGACUCAACUGCCCUACCUAUCACAACCCUGCGGACUUCAUAAUGGAAGUGGCCUCUGGUGAAUAUGGUGACCAAACGGCUCGACUUGUGAAGGUGGUCCAAGAGCAGAAGUGUGAGAAAGACUACAAAAGUGAAAUGAAUGGUAACGGGGUUCAUAACCCCUUCCUGUGGCACAGACCAUCUGAUGAUGACUCUUCCUCGUCUGAGGGUUGUCAUAGUUUUUCUGCCAGCUGCCUGACACAGUUUUGCAUUCUCUUCAAGAGAACCUUUCACAGCAUCAUGAGAGAUUCGGUGCUGACCCACUUGCGCAUCAUCUCUCAUCUUGGGAUUGGAAUUCUGAUCGGUCUUUUAUAUCUGGGCAUCGGUAACGAGGCUAAGAAAGUCCUUAGCAACUCUGGUUUCCUGUUCUUCUCCAUGUUGUUCCUCAUGUUUGCAGCUUUAAUGCCCACUGUUCUCACGUUUCCCCUAGAGAUGGCUGUCUUUUUGAGGGAACACCUGAAUUACUGGUACAGCCUAAAGGCAUACUACUUGGCCAAAACCAUGGCAGACAUCCCGUUUCAGAUUGUGUUUCCAAUGGCCUACUGCAGUAUUGUGUACUGGAUGACGUCUCAACCUUCAGACGCAGUCCGCUUCAUUCUUUUCCUGGCUUUAGGGACACUCACGUCACUUGUGGCACAAUCACUGGGACUACUAAUAGGAGCAGCAUCCACAUCUUUACAAGUAGCCACUUUUGUUGGUCCUGUGACAGCCAUACCUGUGCUACUAUUUUCAGGCUUUUUUGUCAGUUUUGACACCAUCCCAAAAUACCUCCAGUGGAUAUCAUACAUUUCCUAUGUCAGGUAUGGUUUUGAAGGAGUAAUUUUGUCCAUCUAUGGGCUAGAUCGUGAGGACCUGCACUGUGAUAAAGAUGAGACGUGCCACUUCCAGAAGUCAGAAGCCAUUUUAAAAGAGCUGGAUGUUGAGGAUGCAAAGCUCUACCUGGACUUCAUUGUGCUAGGCAUCUUCUUUGUGUCACUCCGUCUGAUUGCAUACUUUGUGCUCCGCUACAAGAUCAGUGCUGAGAGGUAGACAAGUAGAAGGAGUGGUGGAGAAAGAGAGUGCUGUCAAGACUUUCAUGCCCAGUGAGGGCUAGGCAGAGAAAGACAAAGCAGAGGGGGCCUGUUCCCUCAAAGAGAACCAUAGUUUUUUUGUGCAGGACUGAGCCAGGUUUUUCAAAAAAUUGGACCGAAUCCUGGACUGAAUUUGAAGUACAAGUAUGUAGGUGCCUAGCAUUUGCAUGUGUUUAUAUGGAGAGAAAGCUUAGAAUGCACUAGUUUUGGGACACAACCAAACAUCUGCAUCAACAGUUAAAGCAACAUUACAUUUACACAUUUGUAAGAUGCUUUUAUCUAAAGUGACUUGCAGUGCAUUCAAGCUAUACAUUUUACCUAUACGUGCGUAGGAAUACAUCCCUUGACAUAACGCCAUGCUGUACCAGUUGAGCAUCAAACCCACAGUGAAGAAAACUCAAAGCCCAUGAAGGGUGUCAUUAACAGCACAGUUUAGAAUUUAACUGGAAUUUGUAAUGCCUGACCCUGUGCUAGUUUGUGACAUCAUAUUGGAGAGCUGGAAUCGUUUUUUCUUGAUGAAAGUUGAGCACACAAACAUAGCUUUUAUUCCUUUUUUCCUAUUCUGUUCAAUGCUGUCAUGUAAAAGGCAUAUUAAUUCUACUGUGUUCUACCUUGGCAUUCCAUCUACACUACUGAAAUGUCAUUGUUCUGCUGUUCUUGUAGAGGAACUGAGAAAAUGGUCUUCAUUCUUUUAGGUGCAACUGAGUUAUGAGCUGGUCUACUGAUGAUUUACCUAUUAGAGAAACCUUGUUACAGAUAAAACUAUUGCUGGAUUUACUCUUUUUAUGCUAUUUUUAAUUUACACUUAAGAAAACCUGAAUGGAAAUGCUUGAUAUGUGCAUAAACUCAAGAUGUUCUUAAAAGUUUAUGUGCUUGGCAAAGAUGGAUUUUCUUAGUCAAAAUGUUGAUGUGACUGGCCAAAUGAAAUGUCCGGCCUUGGCACACAAUUCUUCGAACACAGCCCUUGACCUUCGGAAGUGUUUAACCCACAGCUGGUCAUUACAGUGGGUCCUCACAAUCCGCCAGAACAGUUUUGAAUGCGGGCGCUCCCAGGUAUAUGGAGGCUGAGGGUGUAAGUUCAUAGCAGCCAUUUCAGCCCUCAUUACAUGAGAUAUUGUACUCAUUCUGCGGCAUCGCCUGUCAGAAAAUGUAGUCUUUCUUCAAGAAAUGCGCUUAAAAUAACUUAACAUUUAGAUGGAAACCCAGCUUUUGAUGUGUGAAUUAUAUGUUUUAUACCUUCUAGAACCCAAAAGAGAGUCUGAAGUCCAAUAUUAUUAGAUCUCAUCAGAUUUAAAAGGGGAAUAAAAGAUCAACUAGGUGUGUGAGUUGCCUGCUUAAAAAAAUUAAAGAUGAAGUUUAAUUUUGCUCUACUAGCAUCACCAAACGAAAUACCAAAAAAAAAUAACGGUCUCAAACAGGUCUCCCAAACACACCUUACUUCCCUUACACCCUGCUCCCAUCUGCCAUUGGUCGAACAAACAGAUUUCCCUGUGCCUGUCUUGAUUAGUUAAACCAAUGUUACUAUGUAAAACGUUUUGUUUGAACAAACAAAGCAAUACUCUGACUGUGCCAGAGAAGGCAAAUUAAGCUACGACUGGCUUAUUUAUAGUUAUCUUUUCAAAUUUAGCUUGGAAAACUUCUGAAAAAAUUACACACUUCUCCUUUAAGGCACAAUACAACAUAUUUGACCAAUACAGCAAUACAGUUUUCUGCAUGUAAUUAAUUGUCUGUGUAAUUGUCUAUGAAUUAAUGGUGCCACAAUAUGCAUAGUAAAUCUCAUAAACCAUCCUUGUAUGCAAAUUCUUGCUGCUUAUCCAAAAAAAAAAAAAAAAGAAUUUUCACAAAGCAAAGGAACAAUAUUAAACUAAUAUGAGGCUGGUUUUUCAUCAUUUUGUUAACAAACCCAAAAUUUCAAACAAAUUUUAUUAAACCAUAAAAUGUUCUUUAGAUCAGUCUUUUUUUAUUAAAAGCUCUCAUUAUUUUACACCAUACUAAAUGCUUUUCAUUUUUCCAAUAUACACAGAUUUCAAGGUCACGUUAGUUAUCAUGAAGGAUCUCACACAGAUUCGUCUAUUGAUCCAUUCACGUGGCAUACUUACAUGUCACCCAAACAAGUUUUAAUCAUGUUACAGGGAUGCUGUCAUUGAUGAAUGCUAUUUUGUUUGUUGACAUCUAUGCACAGUUUUCAUACUUUCUGGUUCUGGUUUUGUAUGUAACUGCAAAGUCAAUGCAAAAGUGAAAAUGUGACAAAAAUGAAGCAGAUUGUUAUUUAUUAUCAGUGUUUUUGUGUUACUGUAAAUGUUAAAAUUUGAGUAUCCUAAGUUACCUCUGAGCUAGGUCCCCAGAGUAUUUUUCACAAAUUGUUGCAAACAUAAUGUGAAUGCUGGGCUGCAACUCAAGUGUUCUGACCAUUCCAAUUUAACCAAACCUUUGCUGUGGAAAUUAAUUAAAUCAGUUUUGAACAAUGUUUGAUAUAUAUUCGAUCUCUAUUCUGUUUGUACUUAAAAUGUGGGGCAGUAAAAAAAAGAUAUAUUUUUUAUUGUUUGCCUCUUUUAACUGUAUAUUAAACUUAGAAUCCAAAUGAAAGAAAUGUUCAUAGACAUUCAAUAUCUUUAGGGCUCUAUUUUAAAAGUAAUAAAAUGUUCUGGCUCUGAAAUGGUCUACUUGCUACAAUAACCUUCAGUAACAAAAAAUCUGAUGUAACAAUA